AUGGUACUCACAUUUUUAUUGUUCAUUAUUCUGCUACAAGGUAUCUUCCCUUCAACGCCAAAGGAAAUUUCAUUUGAUCAUAUUCUGAGGACGAAUCAAUAUUUGUUGAUAUACCAGUAUAGAUGCCAGACGACUUUCGAAACAAAUGUACGAAAAGGCAGCUGUCCAAGAGGAUUCGCAAGCACAUUGAGAGAGUGGCGAAAAACUACCGCUUUUUGCGAUCAUCCUGUACGAGUUCAUCUCAUUCGUGAUCCAGAACGAAGGAGACCACCUCGAGCUCUUUAUAUAGGCCGAAGCAAGACAGACCAUACUGUUGCGUUUAUAGAAGAUAUAGAGUUACCACAACCAUCUCAUCUAAAUACCACUUCAUUGAUGUAUUCACGUGUUAUCGAUUUCCCCAACAGGAUACACAAACAUCUGGAUCAGCUAAAAACGGAAUUUACGGUAUACGACCAGUCAUACCAGCUCCUGUAUCUCGUCAAUCGUGAUUCACUUGGAACUCAGCAUUGCACGAUCUACCGUCUUUCGAACCUUUUUCCGGGCAAUAACGAUCGCUCGUUUUUCAUGGCUACCUAUGUCUACGAAUUCAUCCCUCAUGCUCUAAACAAAGCACGUUCCGGCUGGACAGAAGAUCCAUAUAGUGAAGAGGUAUUCUACGUGACAACGAAUGGAGAAAUAACUUCAAUACAUGUGCUUUCUUCAAAUCGCCUGAUGUCGGCUCUUCAAGACGGUGCAUCUGGAAGACGGGUAUUUUCAUAUGAUGCCGCUCAACGCAAUUUCAUCAGCAUGUCAGGAGGUGUCCUUUUCAGCCAGUAUCAUAAGGACGACCAUACUACCAUUUAUAUUAGGCCCUUCGAAAACUUCAAUCAACAGUCGCUUGGAUUAUCAUGCGGUUUCUUCGGCUACGGUCAGAAUAGUGGAUAUGGUUCCCCAUCUGUCAUCAUUGUGCGAGAUUGGGACUACUGUCGAAUUCGAGAUGGAUCGAAUGCAAAUGAAGAGUCAUGUCAACUUGAAAGAGACAACUGGAUGAUCCAAGAAGGUUUGCUAGCUGAGCCGAAAAGCUGGUGGUUCACAACUCUGAUCGUAAGCCUUGUCAUUCUUGUUACAUUGCUUUUUCUGUUAGUAAUAUACAUUUGCUGGCUGAGACGCAGUCUCGACGAUACCUAUGACGGAGAUCAAACCACCAAUCUUCAAUAUUACCCCGGCCAGUAUCCAGAUAUGGACAUUUCUGUCGACAGAUGGAAUUACUAG